AUGUUCAUACUCUGUGGCACGUCCAUUGGGACGGCCGAGGAAGAAGCUGUUCCGGAGAGGGACUCUUUCAGCACAAGGCAAACAACGAUCCAUUUCAUCAACCCGAUCAACCCAGGCUCAGACGGGGGCUUGGUGGAGCCAGAAAUUCCACAGGACCCCCAAUAUAGCUUGGUAGAGGGGGACGUUGAACAAAAUCCGCCAUGGCAACAACCAGGCAAUGCGAUCGACACACUCCUUCUGUCGGACCAAAACCCGCGAAGCAACACCUGUGCCUGUCUCUCGGUGCUGUACCUUACCUUGGACAAGCUGCGAAGCAAAGAAGACUAUCAAUUCCCCCAAGACAUGUCUUUAUUGUCCGAAUCCGUUAUGAUUUCACGACAGAUGCUGGAGUGUCCCCGGUGUCCCUUGCGUUUUAUCACGGCGAUGCAGAACGCUCAGGGCCUGGGGAUGCUGGCUAUCUCGCUUGUUGAGGGGUACUCGAAGAUGCUCGACGCAAUCGAUAGGCAGGAAAGAGUAGCGCAGUCCACGCCGGGCAGCUCGAAACUACUCUAUAUUGGUGUCCCGGGAAACGAGACAGGCGUGCACUCACUGUUGUCAUUGAGCCUGGAGGCAACUCCUGCGGAAUGGAACAGCCUAAUGAGAAAGAUCGUGAGAACGGAUGUUUACGGCGCUACUGCGCAGGAACGGUGGACUGUCAUAUCACUUAUUGAUGGUCUCGAGCGACGGCAGCGAUCCUGGCAUGAGACGCCUCCUUCCUCUGAUUUCCCUUCGAUAUAUCAUUCUGCAUGUGACAAACAAGAGCCGGCAUGUUUGAUCAUAGUAACAGAUGCACGCAAGAUGAUUGAUGAGCUGGGUUUAUAG